UGGUACGGGCUGGGCCGGGGAAGGUGCCGAGCAGGGGCAGCAGUGGCGCCGGAGCCGGGAGCUGGGCUCUCGGGCUGCGCUCGGCGGCUCCUGCCCGGGGGGCAGCGGCGGCGGCGGCGGCGGCGGCGGCGGCUGCGCCGGAGAGCAAGAAGCGGUCGGGCUGUGCCGGGCUGGGGCAGCAGCCGCGGCCGGCGAACCUCGCCUGGAGGGGCUUAGUCUGGGGAGCCAGAAUGAGGAAAAGCAGGGUGCCACGGAUGGUGCUGGCCACAUGUCUGGGCUCCCUGCUCCUGGUCAUUUUCUACUUCCAGAGCGGCCCCGGCCCGGUUGCUGAGGACAGGAUCUUGGGCUCCCACUGGUUUGGCAAGACAGGGAGGAGUCCUCUCCAGAUGCUUUAUGACAGUGACCAGCUCCAGCACUCCCCUCUCCACCUGGUCCACCAGAGACGGAGGGAGCUUCUGAGUCAAGUGUGCAACCGCUAUACCCGUAAGCGGCGCCUGCUGAGCCCUGAGGACUUGCGCCACCUGGUAGUGGAUGAUGAACAUGGCUUGCUAUAUUGCUAUGUACCCAAGGUAGCCUGUACCAACUGGAAGCGAGUGAUGAUGGUGCUCACAGGAGGUGGCAAGUACAGAGACCCGCUGGAGAUCCCAGCCCACGAGGCUCACGUGCCAACCAACCUGAAGACACUGGCGGACUACAGCCCAACCGAGAUCAACCGGCGGUUACGGACCUACCUCAAGUUCCUAUUUGUUCGCGAACCCUUUGAACGGCUCGUCUCGGCUUACCGCAACAAGUUCACCCGUAACUAUAACACGGCCUUCCACAGGCGGUAUGGCACCAAAAUCAUUCGGCGCCAUCGGCAGCAUCCCAGCCCCGAAGCCCUGGCCCGGGGGGACGACGUCCGCUUUGAGGAAUUUGUCUAUUAUCUGAUAGACCCCCGCACACGGAAGGAAGAACCUUUCAAUGAACACUGGGAGCGGGCCCACUCCCUCUGCCACCCCUGCCUUGUCCACUAUGAUGUUGUGGGCAAGUAUGAGACCCUGGAAGAGGACGCAGCCUAUGUGCUGAGCCUCACAGGGGCCGACCAAGCUGGCGUGCACUUCCCUUCCUCCUCCAAGGUCACACGCACCACGGGCAGUGAGACAGCCCACUUCUUCGAGGGUAUCAGGCCCUUCUACCAAAGAAGACUCUUUAAUUUAUAUAAGAUGGACUACCUCCUAUUCAACUACUCCAUUCCUUCUUAUCUGCAGCUCCAAUAACAGCCAAGGAGGUCUCAGGGGUUUGGGGGGAGGUCUCGUUUUGCCUUUCAGUCCUCACCUACAAACUUCUGGGAACAGUUGGUUCCACCAUGUUCCCCCUCUGACCUGCUGCUCUUUUCCACUCUUUUCCAUGCCCAUGCCAUGGACCGUCUCCCCACUGACUAAGGGAGACCAAGACAGUUCCUACUGAAUGAUGGGAGGGAGAUCAUCACUGGGCCAUAUCUCUCCUGCAUCCCUUUUUCCAGAUUGAACAUUAGGGAUUAAGUAUGCCCAUUUCUUCUGUAGCCAAUCAGUGACUUUGCUGCAGACUCUAAUCAUGAAGCCCUCAUUAUGGCUACAGAGGGAUUGCUUGGAAGGUACCCCCAGGCCAUCUUCACUCUGACCCCCUGCCAUUACCACUUCUUCUAGUAAAUCCAACGAUCUUCUGGCCUUCUUUCUGCUGGUUGGGUUGUGGCUGAUAGAACUGGGGAAGGUUUCUUUUUUUAUAAGAUACCCUAAGGUGCUGGAGUAACUUUUUUAAACAAAAGUAAAUUUAUUUCUUUACCAUU